AUGUCAACACAAAGAUUAAUUAAAUUGCCUCAUAGAGUUCUUUUGAAACUUCAUGGCUCUGACACAAACGCGUUUCUUCAAGGUUUAAUUACAAAUGAUGUGACAAAACUUCAAACUCAAAAUGGACUUGCUGCUUUUUUGCUCAACACAAAAGGGAGAAUUGUUGAAGAUGUUCUUCUAUGGAGACGAGGAACUGAUGAUUUGUUCUUGGAAUGUUCUAAAGAAAAUAAAACUAUUUUAACAAAAGAAAUCUUGAAAUAUCGAUUGAGGAAACAAGUUGAAAUCACCGAAUCUUCCGAUCAAAUAUUUUUCACAGAAGAUGUAUCGGACAAACAAGCUCACCGCGAUCCUCGAUUUUCUGGUUUUGGAGCUCGCGUUUUCGGUAAUCCGUCUUCAUCGGAAGUUAGCGAAAAUCGAGAAAAAUAUGAAAAUUUGCGACGAUCUGCUGGAAUUGCAGAAGGAUCUCAAGAAUUGGCGGAGUUGCUUCCUUUUCAGGCAAACGGUGAUCUGCUCAAUAUGGUUUCACUUGAUAAAGGAUGUUAUGUUGGACAGGAAUUAACUGCAAGAACUGCUCAUACAGGUGUUAUCCGUCGACGAAUCUUACCAUUUGAAUGUGAAGGUCAAGUCAAAAUUGGAGCAGAAGUUCUGGACGAGAAGAAAAAUAAAGUCGGAAAGAUUAUCUCUUCUGACACAACUCGUUGCCUGGGAAUUCUUCAACUUUCUUCAUUCAAAUCUCAAAAAUUGACAGCUGAUGGAGUUUCGUUAACCGCAAAGCAACCUGAAUGGAUGCCUGAUAAGAUUUUAGCGAAUAAUAAAACUAGAACUAGCUUGACGGAUUCUUAAAUUUUCUAUGAUAUUUAGGAGACAUUUCUUUAAAUUCGAUUUUCAUCUUAUUCGGAAGUAGACUUUUUUUGAAACACUUUUCUUCUUUUCGUUUUAUAUUUUUUGUAGAUUUUAGUUUCGUUUUCAAGAUCACAAAUGUUCGUCUUUCUUUAAAUUUUAAUAAUUCGGUUUUAUCCCACAAAUUUUACGAGAUUCUAGUCCCCCAACAAAGUGCUCUCUUCUUCGUAUUCGUUUGCUCAAUUUUUAAUGAAUUAUAAAUUCAA